AUGACCUCAGGCACAAUGACGACCGCCGUCAAACGAGCCUGUGACGCCUGUCACCGUCGCAAGGUCAAGUGCGACGGUGUCAACCCCUGCCGUAACUGCCACACGGCUCAGCUCGGCUGUACUUACCACGCGAUCCCACAGAAGAAGGGUCCCAAGGGCUCAAGAGCCAAAGUAAUCAGCGAACUGCGUGAGACGCAGCGACAAACCAGCCUCUCUGCACAGGUGCAGAACCGGAUGAAUGGCAUCAACGCACCUGCCGCGGUCCCGACCUUGGCUCCAACUCCGGGGCUCUUGACCGGCGACAUUGUGAAGGAGUGCAUCGAAUUCUUCUUUGCAAACAUGUAUCCAAGCAUGCCUAUUCUCAGCCGCCAGCGACUCGAGCAACAGGCCGUGUACAUGGACCAGAACCUCGACGCUUACUGCUUGUUGGCUGCUCUGUCGGCCUUUAUGAUGAUCCAACCCGGUAUGACCAUUCCGGGCGACCCAUAUGGACUCGACAGCAUGCCAGGUGCAAACAUCGUGUCCAGCACCGUCCUGCUGGAGGAGACGAUCCGUGUGCGAAAAGGAUUCGACUACACGGAUAACCCCACAAUGAACACCCUGUGCACGAGCUACUUCCUUUUUGCAUGCUAUUACGGGUUGGAGAUGCACGAGAAGGCCUGGUUCCACCUGAGAGAAGCUUCAACGAUGAUCCAGAUCAUCGGAAUGAACAAGGAGGAGGCUUACGUUCAGUUUGACGAUGUUGAGUCUGCCAGAAGGAGACGUCUGUACUGGCUUUUCUUCGUCACGGAGAGAGCCUACGCGUUACACCGAAACAGACCAGUGACCCUGCAGGCUUCCAUUAACCCACCGGCGCUUGCCGAUGACCCGACCGAUCACAUGGCUCAUCAGCUCAACAGCUUCAUCCACCUCUCCAAUCUGUUUCGUCCCUUUGAUGAUGCGUUCCUCGGCAUGUGGAGCAAGAACCGCAGCAACUGGCCUGCUGCUUACCUGAACAACCUGCACAAGCAGCUCGCAGAAAUCAUCCCCGCAUUCCACAGCUACGGGGAUUCGCAGCUGCACGAUCUCAGGAAUAACCAGCAAUGGCUGAAGACAAUGAUGUGGCAGUUAAACAGCAACAACAGCCACAGCGAAGACCACAUGAUGUUCCAGCAAUACUCAGCAAACAUGGCAGCCAAUCUGCUGGCCGGCAUCUCAUCCAUGCCUCAGCAAAACUCGGAGAGCCUGAACGUCUCAUUCCUCAACCCCCUGUUGAAUGUUCUUACAGUUCUCAGAAAUGGAGAUUACCGCUUUGUGCCUCUCCUCAUCAGCAAGAUCAACGAGACAUUACCGAAACUCGCCAACCCUAUGCUGCAGAACGUGCCGGACAAUGUCGCUACCAAGGCUUGCAACAUGGACAUCUUCGAUGGCUUUGGUAAUGCUGGAAUGGCCCAGCCACCCGUGUUGAUGGACGAGUACGAGAAGAAGUACACACCGCGCAUGGACGAGCCGCCAGUUGAUUCUGGAAGUUCGCAAGGGGGUUCCCAAUCAUCCAACCACGAAAUGAACUCUCCGUUUAUGAGCUCGCCGUCAGCCACGUCACCCGGCGGGGAGUACUCGCACGGCCUGCCAGAAAACUCCUAUAAUUCCAUGUCAGGGAUUAUGAUGAACCCGAUGGGUGCAUCAUCCUCACUCAGUGGACAAGCCCCUGCUCAUAACCCACCACAAACUCCCCACACCCAGCAUCAGCCACAGCAAUCAAUUUCGUCGAUGCAAAACAUCAACACGCACAUGCAACACGACAUGCAACAUGGCCUGGGCACUCCAAUCGACCACGCGCCGAACAUGAAUGUGGAUCAUCAGAACCACAAUUUCGGACAACAAUUCAGCAACGGCAUUGCAUACAUGAACGCAAUGUCUCAGGGCAUGAACACGAAUAACCUUGUGAAUCGCCAAGGGCCUUCCCGCACGACCAGUUUCGCCAUGGGCCCUAACCCACACACAAUACGCACGGUAGCGGAUUUCCAAGCCCUACAAAGGGCGAAUUCGGACAUCAGCACCAUGAGUUCCUUAGGUCUAAGUAAUGGCCUGGGGACGGAGAUGGAUUUCAUGAGGUAG